GAUCAACUGUGUGUGUGAUAGCUUGAGAGAACAACGUAUUUGCUUUCCUUCGAGAAACAUGUAUGUUCAUUGGGAUCGCGACGACAGGUUAAUACUAAGGGAUGUUUAUGUGGCAUAACACUAUGGAAUACACCAAUAUAAAAUUUACAUGCUAUGAUUUAGUCGAGUAUAUCUAUUUUAUGACACAGUUGUAGAUUUGUCUGCGAUAUUUGCGACUUACUGAAAAAAGAAGGCAACAGGGAUUGUCGGCGAUUAAGUGCUGAGUUUACGCAAUAUAGUUUUAGGCACUGAACAAAUGCCAUAUUCGCCAGCAAAAGUCCAGAAAGAUUGCUGUGUGUCAGUAGUAUAUUAUUGAUGCACUUGAAGUACGACAAAAAGAACAUUUUAACGAAUGAAUGCAGCUUGCGCAAGAUCGUUUGCGGAGGCUUGCUAUUGCAAGCAUCGAUCAUUAAAAGACAGGGAGAAAACAGUUCUUGAUGUAUUGUUUAAACAUUGCAAAUGGCUUUGAUGACCACAUCGUCUCGAGACAAGCUUCAGUACAGCAUAUACAAGUACUCCAGCUACUCUUAUAAUUACUCACCAGAAAAUAUCUUGGUGAACAACCCAGGUGAUCAGCUGUCGAGAUGGUCUUCUGAUUCUAACAACCCUCCUCAGUAUCUGAUACUGAAACUUCAUCGACCAGCUAUUGUAGACAGCAUAACCUUUGGAAAAUAUGAAAAUAUACAUGUAUGCAAUCUCAAGAAGUUCAAAGUUUUUGGAGGAUUGACAGAAGAACACAUGAUAGAACUGCUGGACAGUGGACUUAAGAAUGAUCACAUACCUGAGACAUUUGCUCUGCGAAAUGAAAUUGAUGGCAACAAUUUUCCUUGUCGUUUUGUUAAAAUUGUGCCUCUUCAAGCCUGGGGACCCAGCUUCAACUUCAGCAUCUGGUAUGUGGAGCUUCAUGGUGAUGAUGACUGGAACAUUGUCAAACCUUGCAUGAACUGGUACAAUACAUACCGAGAAAGGGAAGCUAUUCGUCUGUGUUUAAAACACUUUCGACAGCGCCAUUACAUUGAGGCAUUUGAGGCACUUAAAAAGAAAACUAAAGUUUCUUUGGAACAUCCAGUUCUUACAGAACUGCAUGAUUUACUGGUAAUAAAUGGAGACUUUGAAGGAUGUGAGAAAGUUGUCUCGAGAGUGUGUGAAGAAGGUUUGUUUGACCAGUACAUCAGCCAACAGGAUUAUAGGCCCAAGUGGACACCUAUUGAACCAGUUUCCUCAAACAACACAGAUGGCUAUGCAGAUAAUCGUCCAGGAAUGAGAGGGGGGCAUCAGAUGUGUAUUGAUGUAUAUACUGAAACAAUCUAUCUGUUUGGUGGCUGGGAUGGCAAUCAUGACCUUGCUGACCUCUGGACAUACCAGGUGACUUCUCGAGAAUGGACAUGUAUCUCCAAAAACACAGAAGAAGAGGGUGGGCCAUCAGCAAGAUCGUGCCACAAAGUUUGCCUUGAUUAUAAUCACAAGCAGAUGUUCACACUUGGGCGGUACCUGGACCCAUCCAUGCGCACUCCAGACAUGCUUAAAAGUGAUUUUUAUAUGUAUGACAUCAAAUCCGGGCAGUGGACAUUGAUCACAGAAGACACAUGUGCUAUGGGUGGCCCACAGCUUAUUUUUGAUCAUCAAAUGGCAAUGGAUGUUGAGCAGCAGACAAUCUAUGUCUUUGGAGGGAGAGUCCUCAGCAGGAGUGAAGGGGAGAGAAGCCAGGAGCCCCUGUUCAGCGGCUUGUACUCAUUUCAUGUACCCACCAACACUUGGACUCAGCUUCGCUGUGACUGUCCAGAACUCAAGUCACGCAUUGGGCACUCAAUGCUUUUUCAUCCGAAAAAGAGAAUUCUAUACAUUUUCGCUGGCCAGAGAUCAAAGGAAUAUUUGAGUGACUUCCUUGGUUAUCAUGUCGACACUGGAACUGUCAUGAUGGUGUCUGACAAAGAAGGAUGUCAAGCAGGUUUUACACAGAGAGCAACACUUGAUCCAGACUUGAAUGAAAUUCAUGUGUUAUCGGGUCUCAGCAGAGAUAAAGACAAACGGGACAAUGUGAAGAAUUCUUUCUGGGUCUAUGAUAUCAACAAGGAUAAAUGGGCAUGCAUAUACAAGAAUGAGAACACAGGUCAACAGUACUGGGUGAAAAUGCAACACAUUGAGCCAGUCCCUCGUUUUGCUCAUCAGUUAGUUUAUGAUCACAUCAAAAAGGUGCAUUAUUUAUUCGGAGGAAACCCUGGGAAAGACAGUUUGCCAAAGAUGCGACUCGAUGACUUUUGGUCACUGCAACUGUACCGUCCAUCUCCAGACUUUCUGCUGCGGAAAUGCCACUAUCUUAUACGGAAAUACCAUUUCAUAGAGAUGGCUUCCACUGAUCAGCAUGCAGCAAUGAAAUAUUUGCAAAAUGAUGUUGCAAAAGUGGUUGACCAUGGCAAUGACAAGGAGGCGCAGGAGUUUCAGCAGCUGACGACUUACUUGUUUAAAGACCCAAUUAAAGAAGAUUCUGAAACGCAUGAAGGUGAGACACCUGAGCACUUUGGCCACCGCACUGAGUUGUUUGACAAGCUAGUGACUUUCUUUCCUGAGAAUAUGACCCAGCCCAAGGGUAACCUAGUGGAUCUCAUCCCACUCGAUGAUUGAGUGAUGUCCCUUCAUCAGUGGUCUCCACUUAAAACUUCUUGGUGGUGGGAGAGGGGGAGAGUGAGAAAUAUCUACUGCUUAUGCUGACUUUUGUUGGGUGUAGACUUUGCAGGCUGUGCACAAUGCACUUAAACAUGAUGAAAUUGGUGCAUAAAGUGAAGAUUGUAAAUAACCCUCAGAGACAGAUUGUUAUUUUCUAUUUUGCUUAAGAACCACACAGUCAGAGUUGAGGGAAACAAUCAGGGCUAUUGUACACAGAUAUUUCCAUGUCCUCUUAUUUUAAUCUGGACAUAUGAAGUCUGUGCAUCAUCAUCAUCUUUGUUAUCUCCUGCAAGCAUCAAUAUACGCAGGUGAAGUUGUGGGAGACGUUCAUCAUGUGUUGCUUGUCCAUCUUUGUGUCCAUCUGUUCUUGCCAUGGAGACUGAAUGAAUAGUUGACCUUGUAGGAUUGGUAUUAUUCUGUAGUGUUUUAACUGCAGACACAUUUGUUUUCUGUUCUAGGUGAUUUACUAGACAAAUUUACCGCAUUGUAAGAAUGACAUCUUUUUUCCCGUUGGAAAUUUUCCCAUCCAGUAGCAUAUCUGGUCUUUCAGAUUUUUUUUGCAUUCUCGACUUUGUGACUUUGCGCAACAUUGGACAGAUGAAAAAUCUUAACUAAUCAGUUUGUUCUGCUAUUCCCCUUCAUUUAUAGAGUUCAUUGUAUAGCUUUACUCUCACAUAUUUCUGAUUACAAGCAAACCACCUUCAGAAGAAGAUAACUCGUUUGAUCUGUAUUUGAUGUGAAAAGCAUGGAUUUUUAAAAUUGAAAAUCACCAGUGGAAAGAAUUGACUUAUUGAAAGGCUGUGUAAAAGUUGAAUAAUUUGUUUAAAUUGGGGGAUCUGGGGUGAGGAAUGUUGAAUUUGGUCAUUUUUGAGUAAUUCCUUAUUGGAUGCAGUGUCUAUUCAGUCUUACACUAAUUUAUUCACCAUCAUUCAAAUCAUAUAACUACUCAGUCUCUCUUACAGCUUAAUACUGACUGCAGUUAAAAAAGCUAAUGUCACAUCUGACCAUAGCCAAUAGCUAGACCCAGUAUGUUGAUUCCCAGACCCAGUAUGUUGAUUCUGAGCCCUUCCUGCAGUGGCCUUACAAUGAAUGUAAUCUGAUGUCAUUCUUACAGUUAAUAUGAGAGUAGUUUCUAAAAUGUCUGCAGUAAUUUUCUUAUAUAGACAACCUGGUGUGGCAGGUCAACUUGUAUUUUAGCCAGAAGAGACAGAGUAUGUUUUCACCAUGCUUGGAAACAUUCAUAACUUUUGAUAUGGUAAAACAUGAAUGGAUGCAAGUGUUAAAAGUGCCAAGUUUUAUAACCACAUUUUUAGAUCACCCAAGCAUUCAUGAUAUUAUUGUAACUACAUUUUAACAAAAUAGAAAUACCUGUUUUGUUUUGGUAAGCAUUAUGAUCCCAGAGCUUAUUUUAUUUGUGUGUAUGCUGAGAAAAGUAUGUUUCAUGUUGUAGACUCUCAACAGGUUGAGCAUGAUGUACUUUACGUGAGUAGAAGUGAUAUUCUGUUUCCUGGGGAGGCUUUAUAGAUAUAUAUAUCAAGGACAUAUCUAUGUAAAUCUUGCAGUUGGUUUUCUUGUUACACUGUGCUGCCAUGAAGAAUUGUCUUGAAAAUUCAGCGAAUGUCUUUUUAUGUAUAUAUUUGAAGAUGAUUGUAAUAUCCAUGCCCACAGCAUGUGAAUUUUUGUAAGAAGGCAAAGGAAAAUGAGUGUGUAUCAAGACAAAAAUUAGUGUUUGUAUUUCAUUAAGGCCAGAGUAAAUUUUUCCAGAUGUUUUGAUUGAACACAGUUCUGUUUGCUAACAAGCCGAGCGACAGCUAGAGUGGCUCAGAUCAGUGUUAGUGUUGUUGUAUUGAAACAGAAAUUAUUCCAUGUCUUUCAUAAAAAUUCCUUUUGUUUAUUUACCAUUCAUGGAACAGUUUAAAAUUUUUGGACAGGUAUUAGUUAUAGCAUCAAUGGUGGGAAGAGUUUGUAAGUCUGUAGCACCUGUGCCAUCGUGGAAUAGUGAGGUCCCAACAGCAUUUGUGGUUUUUUUUUAAAGAAAAAUGUAAAAAUAAAACAAAAUUCCAACCCUAGAACAUUAGCUGUAUUAUGUAGUUGGCAUCAUUGUACCAUGACUUAGUAGCUGGCAUCUGCUUGAAGGAGCAAAAGGUGAAAGUUUCUUUGAAUGCAUCCUUGUUUCAUGCAUUGUAAUGCUUACUUUACAGCUUAGAAUGCCACAGAUCGGCAGCCUUUCAUUUAGGUAUGUUACUUUAGACACACUAUACAAGUGCAGACGAGUAACCUCAGAGCUUCGUAUAAUUUCCUGGUGUGAAUUUUUAGUUUGUACCACUUGAUCAGAGGAAUUGUAAGACAGACAACUUUAUUCAAGCAUGAACUGAUGAUAAAUAAAUGAUGACUAAUGAUUACAAGGGGUCAAGGUGCAUUGCAAGUGCAAUGAAUUCAGUGGAACUCUGUAACUGUUUACUUUGGGGGCUUUGCUGCUUGGGCAAAAUAGUUGGUUUCAUGUUAGUGUUUAGCAUCUACAACAUAUUGAUCAGAUUGGACUGUUUGACUGUUGUCCUGUAAAAAUGAAAUAUAAAUCAACCGAAAACAGA